CAUUGAUCAAAUAGGCUGCAUGUCCCCCAAGACCUCCAAGGCCGUUCCAUCCCCCCCGAAACAUUGGCAUGGCAGCAAACGACCCGGGACUCGCGCCACUUGGCGCGCUGGCUGAAGAUCCUACCAAAGGUGCCGUAGGCCUUUCUGAUGACGAUGUGCCUAUUGCGCCGGACCAGUUCGACGAGAAGUUCGAGACGACGAAGAAGGAGAUCUGGGCGUAUUAUUGCUACUAUGUCGGCGACAAUGGGCUCACGCUCUUCAACUUUGGCCCGACCGCUUUCCAAAACCUUAUGUACCAGGCCGCUGGUGACUCUGAGACGCUUUCCUUCAUGGGCAGAACCAGGACCGUCAAUAGUAUCGUUCUGUUGUGCAAUGGUAUCAGCUUUGCGAUCCAAAUCGUUGUUUUCCUUAUCCUCGGCUCUUUCGCGGAUUUCGGAACAUGGCGCCCCAACAUUCUCAUCGGCCUCUCUAUUAUCGCUUUCGGCAUUAGCUUUGGCUGGCUGGGCGUUCACACCCAGGAAGACUGGCAUAUCGGCGUAGGCCUAUACAUCGUCGGUCUCAUUGCAUAUCAAACUACCAUCACAUUUUGGACGGCCGCAUUCCCUGCCCUAGCCAGAAACACUCAGGAGCUACGAAUCAAAGCUCAAGAGUUCACCGAUGGAACAAUUACUCGUGCAGAGUACGACUUUGCAGACAUGAUGAAGAGAAACGAACUUUCUAAUACUGCCUUUUAUGUCCAAUCGGUUUUCGAAGUGCUUAUCCUAGCGGUUAUUGUAGGUAUCAUGUUCAGUCUGCACGUGAACGAUAGCGAGGCGAACAACAACUGGGGGCUUUCCGUACUCAUCGCCUUUGCAACCGGAGUCUGGAUUCUAUGUGCUAUUCCCUGGUUUGUUCUUGAAAAGAGACGGCCUGGCCAGGAUCCGGGAAAAACCAACAUUGUGCUCGCAGGUAUCAAGCAGCUGAAAUACGCCCUUACUCAGAUCUGGCAGCUGCGUCAAAGUCUGGCCUAUUUGAUCGGGUACUUUCUUCUUGGCGACAGUCUCAACACUACCGUAACUGUCAUUGGCACUCUCCAGAACGAAAUUGUCGCAUACAACAGUCUAGAAUUGACAUACCUCCUGAUCGUAGGUAUUGCCGCGCAAGCUGUCGGUAUCGGCGCCUUCUGGCGCAUCCAGAAGCAUUAUGGACUCUCCACCAAAACCAUGUUCAUGGUUAUCGCUGUGUGCAUUGUCCUCCUCGACGGCUGGGGUAUGAUUGGUAUCUGGACGCAGUCUUUUGGUUUCCACAAGAGAUGGGAAGUCUGGGUCUACCAAGCGUUCUAUGGACUCCUUGUUUGUCCAUGGUACAGUUACUCACAGACCAUGAUAAGCGAGGUUACGCCGCGAGGCAAGGAGUUUCUGUUUUUCAGUCUUUUUUCGAUUGUUGGCAAAACGAGCGCAUUUAUUGGACCGUUGGUGAGCAGCGCAAUCAUUGAUAGGACGGGCAACAACAGCAGUCCGUUUUACUUCUUGUUCGCGCUGAGCUUGGUGAGUUGCGCAUGGUUAUACCUUUUUGUGGAUGUAGGAAAGAGCAGGAGCGAGCAGCAGCUUUUCUUGGAAAGGGAGAGGAGUUUGAAGAUGGCGCUUGUGACGGCGGAAGAAGUUGAUGCUUGAGCGAUGCUCAGCGUUUGAUAGUGUAGUGCGUGCUUUGAUACAUAAUGUUCCUGUCUCUUUUCAGCGAGCGCGCUAGAAUGUUUGUAUAUAUAGAUUUGGUGCCCAGCGCAAGCGUUUGGAGUUUAUUUUUCCAUAUUCUUUCUCUUUUCAUUUCAAGUUGCAAUCUGUAGUGAGUUGAUGUGAUGACAGCGCAACCAAGGAAG